AUGAAGACAAAGAAGAGAGCACAAACUAGUCCAACCCCAAGGGUCUUUGAGAUCCCAGAGAUCCUCGAUCGAAUCUUCUUCUUCAUCCAGGAAGACUUUGUCCUCUCUCACUCCAUCGUCCUCGUCUGUCGUCAAUGGCUCUGGAUGAACCAACACCGCCUCCGUCGCGAGGUCAGCUGGGCCGGUGACUCUAAUAACAAGUCCAGCUGCGAUAUAAUCAACAUCGAUAGGGUCCUUGCCCGACUCCCAAGAGCAACCCGGCUGGUCUGGUCCUCAACAGACGACGUUCUGAAGGAGAAGCACACCCAGAGGUUGAUACAGGCCCUUCGAGAAAAUAACGACCACUACAUCCAGCGACUUCAGCCCAUUGCCGCAAAUAACGUCGUCAUAGUCGGCGAUACCAGCAACAUCAACAGCAAGAGCAACAGGAUCGUCGGUCGCUGGAAGGACGGUCUCCUCAAGCCCAACAACAAGGCCCCAUUACCGAAAGGUGUCCUCCAUGAGCUUGACCUUCAUGGCCCUGCGGCCCUCUUCUUAAGAGUUCUCCCAUUCCUCACAUCAUUGACAACCCUCCAACUCCGUUUGCUCUGGCCGGAGACAAUCCAAGUGCACACUGUGCUAAACACUUGCCCCCACCUUCUCACUCUCCAUAUCGAUGCUCCCUCGGUCAUCUAUCUUCCCGGAUCUUGGAAGGCCUACACUGAAACCGUCCUCGGCGUCGAACCCAUCAAGAAGAACGGUCUCCUUCCCUUGCAGUCCUUCAUCCUUGAGAACGCAAGCUUCGCACAGACCAGUCUCGAAGACCUUCUGGUGCUCACACCACACCUUGCCCAUCUGCAACUCCGAAACUUGCGUCCGGAUACAACUUCAGUUAACAAGAACUCCUACGACUGGUCCAGUCUCUUCUGUCAACUGACGGCGCUCUCACUACUCCCUCUUCGCUCGAUCCAUUUCUCCGUCUAUGGUCAAGCAGCGACUGAAGACGAAGAGCAAGAGAAGGUCCUCGUGGUCUGUCCUCGAUCCUCAGAGUGGGCCUUCAGAUCCUUUGACCUGACAUCGUCCGUCACCAGCUGCUUGAACCAGUUACGCAAUACGCUCACCACUCUGGAUCUGGUAGCCAGUGAGGGCCAGGCCGUCAACAAUUAUGACCUCGCCCUUCACCGAUACCUCUGCGCAUCCCCUCACCUGCUGCACCUCAAAGCCGCCAACUCUGUCUGUUUAGUCGAACGAAUGGACAUCCACAAACGAUGGACUCCCUUCGUCCGUAUCAGCAACGGAUCUAUCGUCCAAGACCUACAGCCUGGCAUUUGGGCUUGCAGAAACCUUCAAACCCUUCACAUUCGUGUCCACAACCUUGGCAGUGCUGCUCUUCAAACCCUUCCUAUUCGAUCCCGGAUUGUCUUUGGAUAUAUUUCUACAGUCCUUCCGCAACUUUGUCAUCUGGAACUCUUUGAACUCGAGAAUGACCCCGGUCUGUCGAUCAGCCUCUUUGGUGGUCUCUGUUUGCUCGCUCGUCUCCGUCACCUUGAGUCCUUCCGCCUCGGCACCGGUACGACUCCACAAAAGGCCCGUGCAGGCGAUAUGCGCUGGAUGAUUCCCUCAGGUCAGAGUCGGGUCGGUCGAAUGGAGAGAAAGGAGGUCGUCGCUACUUGGGGUCUUCUCAUGACUGCCGAACGUGGCGCGGAGAGGAGCCGACAGGAGACUUUCCCGGGGUAUACAUUUAUGGACGACAAUCAUCCUUGCACCGAGCCACAGGUGGUCGAAGGGCUCAUCAUGCUGGGUCUCCUCGCAGACGUCAAGGUGUUGGUCGAUCAAAUGAACUCCAAGGAAGGGUACCGAAGCUGGCCUAAAUUAAAAUACCUUUCGGUGUACCAGAAGCAUCCGUCGCGAACGAUAACUUGCCUGGAGAAGGGGUUCGAGAGGCUGAUGAAGAGGAAUACGAUGGAUAUCGACUCGAGGGUGAAUGAUGAUACUUGUCUCAUCAUGGGCUACGGCGCAUAG